CCAGCGGUGGCUUUGCAGAGGCAGAAAGGUGGGAGAAGGUUCGUGCAUCUCCCGGACAUGGCGCGCUGUGACACCGGCUACCUGGGGAGCGCCUCUCUGCGGUACCGGCUCAGGAAACGCACGUUGUAGUCCGGGGGCGAUGGACGGCAAAGUUUCCGAGGGAGCUGACAGCUCCUCCUCUUCAUCACUUUCUUCCUCGGGCUCCCAGACUCUGUCAGAAGGGGAGAUGAAGGCGUCUAGUGAGGGGAGCAGCACCGACUGCGACUCCGAGGGUCAGCACCUCACACAGCGGCGGAGCAGAGGGGAGCAGGACGAGGCGGACGAGGAGCUUGACAACAUAUUGUCCCCACCUCCUAUGCAGUUGCGCAAAUGCAGUACUCCCGAGGUGUCCUUUCGGUCAGGCAAGUCUGUAAAAUACAAAAAGUCGCUGAAUGACGAUGGACGGCUGCUGAGAAGAGGGAGUCUGGGAGGAGCUCUGACAGGACGAUACUUGCUACCCGCUGUUACUGCGCAACAGUCUUGGCAGGUUUCUGCGGAAACCUCUAAUUUGGUGCGAAUGCGGAGCCAGGCCCUAGGGCAGUCUGCCCCGUCUCUAACAGCCAGCCUGAAAGAACUGAGCCUACCAAGACGGGGAAGCUUUUGUAGGACAAGUAACAGGAAGAGUUUAAUUGGCAACAACCAAUCUCCAGCUCACCCCCGACCCCACUCUCCUCUUUCUGCUCAUACAGGAAGCAGCCCACAAGACAGCCCGAGGAACUUCUCCCCCAGCGCAUCCGCUCAUUUUUCAUUUGCACGAAGGACAGAUGGACGCCGUUGGUCUUUGGCAUCUCUGCCCUCAUCUGGAUAUGGAACGAAUACACCAAGCUCCACUGUAUCUUCAUCCUGUUCAUCCCAGGAGAAGCUACACCAGUUACCAUAUCAACCAACACCCGAUGAACUACAUUUUCUGUCCAAACAUUUCUGCACGGAGAGCAUCGCCAGCGAUGACAGAUGCCGGAACACACCGCUGCGCCCUCGCUCCAGGAGUCUCAGCCCUGGACGUACACCCGCCUGCUGUGACCAUGAGAUAAUUAUGAUGAACCAUGUGUACAAGGAGAGAUUCCCUAAGGCCACGGCUCAGAUGGAAGAGCGACUUCAGGACAUUAUCACCAACUAUUCCCCCGACAGUGUGCUUCCGCUGCCAGAUGGCGUGCUCAGCUUCACUCACCAUCAGAUCGUGGAGCUGGCACGAGACUGCCUGGACAAAUCCCACCAAGGUCUCAUAACCUCAAGAUAUUUUUUGGAGCUGCAGCAAAAAUUAGAAAAGUUAUUACAAGAGGCUCAAGAAAGGUCAGAAAGUGGAGAACUGGCCUUUAUCAAACAACUGGCCCAGAAAAUACUGAUCGUAAUUGCUCGGCCGGCCCGCCUGUUGGAAUGCCUGGAAUUUGACCCUGAAGAAUUUUACUACCUUUUGGAAGCAGCGGAAGGCCAUGCCAAAGAGGGUCAAGGUAUUAAAACUGACAUACCUAGGUAUAUUAUCAGCCAGCUAGGACUGAACAAAGAUCCCCUUGAAGAAAUCGCUUUGUUGGCAAAUUACGACAGUGGAACAGCAGAAACACCAGAGACUGACGAAUCUGCCAGUAGCUCAAAUCGAUCAUUAAAACUGAGAAGAAAGCCUUGCGAGAUUGACUUUGAAACAAUGAAACUAAUCAGCAAUGGAGCUUAUGGAGCUGUUUACUUAGUUCGACAUAAAGAAACCCGUCAGAGAUUUGCAAUGAAGAAAAUCAAUAAGCAGAACCUAGUCCUUCGAAAUCAGAUUCAACAAGCCUUUGUGGAGAGGGACAUCCUAACAUUUGCAGAGAAUCCAUUCGUGGUCAGCAUGUACUGUUCCUUUGAGACGAGACGUCAUUUAUGUAUGGUCAUGGAGUAUGUCGAAGGAGGAGACUGUGCAACACUACUGAAGAACAUGGGUCCUUUGCCUGUAGACAUGGCUCAAAUGUAUUUUGCUGAAACAGUACUUGCCCUGGAGUAUCUUCAUAACUAUGGAAUUGUGCAUAGAGACUUGAAACCUGACAACUUGCUUGUCACCUCAAUGGGACACAUUAAGCUUACAGAUUUUGGACUUUCCAAAGUAGGCCUAAUGAGCAUGACGACCAACCUCUAUGAGGGUCACAUUGAGAAGGAUGCCCGAGAGUUCCUGGACAAGCAGGUCUGUGGAACCCCAGAAUACAUUGCACCAGAAGUGAUUUUGAGACAAGGAUAUGGGAAGCCUGUGGACUGGUGGGCGAUGGGCAUCAUCUUGUAUGAAUUCCUGGUUGGAUGUGUCCCAUUCUUUGGGGAUACACCAGAGGACUUGUUUGGGCAGGUUAUCAGUGAUGAAAUUAUUUGGCCUGAAAAUAAAGAAGAAGCUCCUCCACCUGAUUCUCAGGACCUCAUUACUUUACUGCUCAGGCAAAAUCCUCUAGAAAGACUUGGGACAGGAGGAGCUUAUGAGGUGAAGCAACAUCCCUUCUUUCGUGCCUUAGACUGGAACAGUUUAUUAAGACAGAAAGCAGAGUUCAUCCCUCAACUUGAAUCUGAAGAUGACACAAGUUACUUUGACACCCGGUCUGAAAAAUACCAUCAUAUGGAAACAGAGGAGGAGGAUGAUACUAAUGAUGAGGAUUUCAGUAUGGAAAUUAGACAGUUUUCCUCAAGCUCACAUAGGUUCUCUAAAGUAUUCAGCAGCGUUGACCAAAUGAUGCAGAACAAACUGGAUGAAAAGGACGAUACCAGCGAGAAGUCAAAGAGCCUGAAUUUACCUCCAGUGGAAUCUCUCAGCUGGAGCUCCGAGUACUCUGAGAUGCAGCAGCUGUCUAUAUCUACAACGUCUUCUGAUGCGGAAAGUCUCAAGCAGCGGCACAAUGCCAACCUCCUGCCAAAGUUUGCCAUCUCAUCUGACCUGGAGCGAGAUGAUUCUGGUGCCGGGGAAUCCCAGGAAGAGGGAGAUAAGUCUGCUCUUGUGUCAGAGGAUUCUCCUCAGGAAGAUCCCGAUCUCUCGACACCGGUCAGCAUCAGCAGCUCCACAGUGUCAGUGAGUAGUUUUUCAGAAAACUUAGAUCAGAUAAAUGGAAGGAGCGAGAGUGUGGACAGCACAGAUAAUUCCUCAAAGCUCUCCAAUGAAACCUCUUCUCAUAUGGCUCGUCAGCGAUUAGAAAACACAGAAAAGCAGAAAUUGACUGGGAAAGUGACUAAGUCCAUCUCUGCUAGUGCUCUGUCUCUCAUGAUCCCUGGAGAUGUCUACAGUGUGUCCCCUCUUGGAAGUCCAGUAUCCCCCCUCUCCUUGUCUUCAGACCCAUCCUCUAGAGACUCCUCUCCCAGCCGGGAUUCCUCUCUCUCAUCCUUCAGUCCAAGGCAACCGAUCAUCAUUCAGAGUUCUGGCAAAAAAUUUGGCUUCACUCUCCAGGCAAUCAGGGUAUUUGUAGGUGACAGCGAUGUAUACACCGUGCACCAUAUCGUCUGGAGUGUUGAAGAAGAAAGUCCUGCCUAUCGAGCUGGUCUCAAAGCGGGAGAUCUUAUUACCCAUAUAAAUGAUGAGCCCGUUCAUGGCCUUGUUCAUACAGAGGUGAUUGAGCUUCUGCUUAAGAGUGGAAACAAGGUGGCAAUAACAACAACAGCAUUUGAGAAUACAUCAAUAAAAACAGGCCCUGCAAGGAGAAACAGCUACAGAAGCCGAAUGGUGAGACGCAAUAAGAAAAGCAAGAAGAAGGAAAAUAUAGAAAGGAGAAGAUCUUUUUUCAAAAAGUUGGCCAAACAGCCAUCUCCUCUUCUCCACACAAGUCGAAGCUUUUCCUGUUUAACUAGGUCACUGUCAUCAGGGGAAAGCUUGCCCGCAUCACCCACUCAUAGCCUUUCACCAAGGUCACCUACACCAAGCUGCCGCUCCACUCCAGACUUCCCAUCUGGUACUAACUCUUCACAGAGCAGUUCUCCAAGUUCAAGUGCUCCAAAUUCUCCAGCAGGUUCUGGGCAUAUAAGACCAAGCACUCUUCAUGGUUUGGGCCCCAAGCUGGGUGGACAGAGAUACCGGUCUGGGAGACGUAAAUCUGCUGGCAGUAUUCCUUUGUCACCACUUGCAAGAACACCGUCGCCAACUCCUCAGCCUCCUUCCCCACAACGAUCUCCAUCUCCUAUACAUGGCCAUGCUGUGGGGAACUCUAAGAUCACAACUACUUUGUCUGCAAAAAUGCACUCUCCACCAACAAUUGUUAGGCAUGUUGUCAGGCCCAAGAGUGCUGAGCCUCCAAGGUCUCCACUUUUAAAGAGAGUACAGUCGGAGGAAAAGCUUUCACCGUCAUACUGCUGUGAGAAAAAGCACUUAUGUCCUCGCAAGCACAAUUUGGAAGUUACUAAGGAAGAAAGUCAUAAGCAGUCAACACAACGUGACCUAGCAUUACAGUGUCUGGAGGCGAACACAUGUGACAUCCCUGCAUCAACUCGAGUUCGGCCUGUCGAGCAAGGUUGUUUGAAGCGUCCAACAUCACGGAAGCUGGGGAGGCAGGAGUCCUUGGAUGAGCUUGAUAAAGAGAAACUAAAGGUCAAAUUAGUUAUGAAGAAAAAAGAUGUUUCUGAAAGACCAGACUUCCUUCUAAAACAGAACAUAAUGCAGGAUUUGCACAGUGAAAUGGGAAUCCUAGCUUUAGAUGUAGAGAAGGAAGAAAAACCACAUCAAAUUCUAAUUAAGAGAUCAAACUUAUCUGAGAAUAAAUUUCCUAUGUAUGAACCUCGUUCUGGAGGUGUUACAUUUAAAGACGCUCAUUGUAAGAAUUCUUGGCCAAAUGGUGCUGGUAUAUCUGUCGACAACCAGUCUUUUUGUCAUAGCUCAACUGUUGCAGAAAGUGCUCACAUAUCUUAUGAACUCAAAAAAGCUCCUGCUUCAUGCACCCUACAAGAGAAACUCAACUAUCCUUCAGAGAAGUUUGUGAAAGAGGACAAUUUAGAUAAGACAGCACCAACAAACGUUGAUUAUUUUAGGAAGAAAAAAUCAUUUGAAGAGAAAGAUAGCAGUUUGUGCCAAGUCCUAAAGUCAAAAAUGGUUCCAGUGUCUCAUGAAUGUAUGCAAACAAAACCUGGACACAUGCAGACUGACUCUCUGACCCUGCUGGAUAACAGGACUUUAAAUGUUCAAAGCAACACUCUCUCUUUUCCUCCACUAAAAACUAGUAACAGUAGAUGUGAAACUACUGCAGACAAAUCAUCUGUUGCCACUACUGAGGCCCCUGUACGGAAAAGCCCUUCUGAAUAUAAACUCGAAACAAGGGCUGUAUCUUCCUUGAAGCCAAUCGAAGGCACAUUAGACAUAGCAUUACUGUCUGGACCAAAGGUUGCAAAAGUAGAGUCUGAUGUUGCUUGCAAUAAUGCUAUCAAACCUGAUGAUCAAAGCCGAAAGUCAAAGAUCGAGGUUGCAGACAAUGGAAAUGCAUUAUUAUUUACAAAAACAAACUCUAAUUACUCUAAUAUUCAUGCCGUGCACAAGGGACCUAUUAGAGAGAAUCAGAAUGAGUGUCUACAAGAUGAAUGUCACACUGUUAAUAUUCAUCAGAACAAAGAGCCAUCAGACCUCGGAACAAAGGAAAAUGUUGUAGACGUGACUAAUUCAGUUAAAAGUCAAAGGAUAAGCACACUGCAGCCAGCAUUGAGAGGUCCAGUGACAGAAGGAUUGUCUUCUUCCGUGAAAGCUAAUAGACGAGAAAUGGCAACUCAAGAUAUGUCCUCUGUCAAAUGUUCACUGGAGCAAAGACAUAGUACAUCAUACUCUGAAAGGACUUGUACAUUCAGAGAGUCCUAUGAGAAUACUCCUACUACGAGCUUGACACAAUCUAGCAACUCCGAAAAGUACAUCUCAGCACUUGGAUGUAUAGAGGAAAAAAAUCAGCAUGCAUCUGUUCCCCAGAUAGAAUCUAAUCAUCACAUAUCUGUGGUAAAGAAUGUUGACUCUUCUUUUCUAGUUGAACUUGUGUCUGCUAACAAAACUUUGUCUAUUGCACAAACUAAAUCCACUGACCUGAGCUGUGAUAGCCAAAGUAAAAAAAAACAACAAGAUGCUCCACAAAAAAGCACUACACAGAACAAAGGUAAACACAAUGCUGAAGUUCCAGUUUUGAGAAGAGAGGCCCCCUGUCCUAAUAUUCAGCAGACACCUGUGGCCUUGGAUAUCCAAUCUGGAGCCAGUAUUAAAAACCUCACGUCCAUUAGAGAGGAGCAGAAUUCUGCACAGACAAAGCUUGUCAGCUGCAUCAACAAGUCAAAAGCGGUAACAGAGCCUAAAGUCGAUUCACUUAAGAUAUCCCUUUCUGCUAAAACUGUAUCCUCACAAAAGCCAACUUCAAGGCUGCCUGACCAAACAGGUAGUCAAACAGUUCAGAGAUCUGAAUCCACAUUAAAAGCUGUUACCGUCUUGAGUGCCAGUGAUGGUAGUCUUACUCACCACAAAGCCACCACUAGAACAGAAGCCAGUGUCACAUCUACCGAUAUAAACACAAAGACCAACAUAAAUGUGUCCACCUCCAAACUUUCAUUUAACAAAGAGUUUACCGUUAGUUCUGAAACAGUGGCCGCUCUAAACCUUAAAGAAUGUUCUGCGAAAUCUCAUCUCAAAGAAAAAACAAGUGCACAUCCCAAAUUAAACACACUGACUGCUGCCAAAAUCUGCAUCCAGGCAAAACCUGAAACAGUGGAACCAAGGGUUCCCUUAUCGGUUAAUCGUCAAGAUCAGAAAAGCACUGAAGCACUUUAUGUCCUUAGUGACAAAGGUAAAACUAAAAUCCUGCCUGUUACAAAUCAAGAUAGUAAAGAGGUAACUGAAAAAAGUAAGCCUAGUAUUUCUCAAAACAUAGUAGGGAAAGAAGGAGAUCCAAGGAAGACACUGAAUGAUGCCAAGAACAUUAGCAGUAGUUCUUUAUCCAAAGCUGCAUUUUCAGAUGUCCUUUUGAGUAAAACGCACUUAACUGUCAGUGGCUGUAAGGAGAAAAGUGAGCAAAUUCCAAACUUGAAUGCUGCAAAUGUCAAGGUUAAGAAAGACACCCAAACAUCCUACGGUAAGACUUGCACUGUAUUAAGGGAGGGCAGUGUUUCCAGUAAAUCUGCCACUGAUAAACAACAAGGUGUCCUUACGAAUACUGCAGCCCCUGUGACCACGCGGAGAGAGCCACCUUCGUCUCCAAACAAAAAGACUGUUGUGAAAAAUUUCGCGAAGCCACCAGCUGCAACUCUGGAGAAUUCUAGUAGCCUUUCUUCAGACAAAGACUUGAAAGGGCAAAAAAGAGGAAAGGAUACACUUCCCCAGAAUAGUCCUUACAAAAAGACAUAAUCUGCCAGCACCUUCACCAAGACCUCUUUACUGUAGUAGCUGCUAAUCUGAAACUUCUUUCAAAACCAGCACUGUGUUGUGUUUCCAUAUCUAUUCGUAACCCGUUUAGUAGAGGGGUGUUUGUUGAAACUUUCAGUCCCAGCGAUAAGUUUUUUGGUAGCUGGAUGCAGUUACUGACAGGAAGAUGUACCUAGUCAAAAGACAUGGGAAAGGGCUAUUGGAGAAAAGGUCUGCAAUUUACACUGAUGUAUUUUGUGUUGAAUGUAGAAUGUACAGUUUGCUGCUCAAUUUCACUGUUUACUUUUUUAUUUCUGUAAAAAAAAUAUAUAUAUAUGGUUUGGAAUUUAUUUUUAUUUUUUUGUGGAGCUUCAAAACCCUGAGAAGAACAAAAAAAAUGUGAUAAAAGUUGAUGGCUACUUUUCAACAGUGGUAUUUCUAGGAAUCUUUGAAAUAAUUAAAGGGAUUCUGUCAUCAGAUUUUACCCUUA